AUGUUCGGAUAUUUUUGUAUAACGGUCCGGAUCCAGUUUCAGUUUUUCCUGUUCGGGUUUAGGCAAUCUUUUCGGACAUCUUUAACACCAAAUGUUCUGUCCAAUGCCUCAAGACAUUCCAUUUCAAGAACUCAGUUCAUCUGUCUCUCGAAAUCCACGGGAGAUGGAACUUCAGAUUCCGAUCUCGAUCCUCCAAAGCCCGAAGGAGAUUCCCGGAGACAAGAACUCUUGGCCAGGAUCGCCAUGCUUCAGACAUCGAAAGUCCGUUUAACUGACUUCCUGGACGAACGUUCAGAUUACCUCACCAAGUUUGCCGAAGAAGCCAACGCUGAGUUUGACAAGGUUGGUGAAGACGCCAUGAAAGACCUCGACGAAGCAAGCUCAAGGAUAUUAGAGAACAUUGAGAGCAAGAUGCAAGCGUUUGAGGAAUCUGCGGGGUUGAACAGGUUGGAGAUAGAGGAGAACGAUAACAAGUUGGCUGAGUUCGAGGAGAAGAUCGUGGAAGACAGGAACGAAGGAUUGUUCUUCAAGAGCUUACGAGAUAAAAAGCCUGUGGAUGUAGAGAAAGCUAAAGAGGAGACAGAGAAAAUACAAGAGGUUACCAAAGUAAGUGCAGGAUCAAAGUCAAGAAGGAACAUUUACCUCGGUUUGAUUGGGAUCUUGGUUGUAUCAAUUGCUGAUUCGUUUGUUUCUUCACCGGAUUGGAGAAAAGUAGCGGUUCUUGGAGGUAUUCUUGUCGCACUGGUCACUCAGUUCGUAUAUGAGCAGACAUUGUUAUCAGAAGAAGUAGGUAAGGGUAAAGGAAACAAGAAGGAAUGAACGAGAGACAGGAAGAGUUUGGACUCUGUGUCAAUCAAAAUAGAUUAAUAUGACUUGGUACAUCAAGUUAAAUGAUGUUUACUCGAAUCAUUCACACAAAUGUGAGUCACCCAUAUGCUCGUAAUGUAUGUAUAUUCCACUGUAUAAUGCUAUUUAGGGAAUGACGACCAUGUCAGAGUGUGUUCAAUGA